CCCUCGUGUUUCUACCCGCUUCCUAGCCGACUUGAAGGAGAGCAAGAUAGGACGUACGUUUUCUGGACAACGUGCCUGGUUUUGUUGUCAUGUCCAUAGUCGCUCGCCGCUGAGUGAAAACUAACCAUUUGGGAAGGUAGCCAGAAUUCUUUCUAAUGGUUGUCAUUGAAGACGUAGCCUACCCCAUUGACCAAGCGUGUAAAUGUCUAAUUUUUAUGACUCGCUGACAGGAUUUACUGUUCUUUUAUGACAGGCUUUGUGUGUGUGUGAGAGAGAGCGAGAGAUGGCUCCGGGAGUUCGCCAGUGCACUUCCCUGCAGAGGUAGAGUAGCGUGUACGCUGCCGAUGCUGCUGCUGCUGCUCUCUGCACGAUGAGUGUAGCCCUGCAAGACCUGCGGAACAACAUGUCCAACUACAGGCGUGCAACCUUUGAGGAGGAUGAGGUACCGGAGAUCCCAGCUGAUGGCACCAUCUCCCCAGACAGCGUGGAGGUGGGUUUCCGUCGGGGCGGUAUCCAGCUGAUGGGUCCUCUGGGCCGCAGGACGCAGCUGGAGGUGGUGCUGGGGGCGCUGCUACUCGCAUCACUACUCGCACUCUUCGGAUGCGCACUUACACUCGGCAUACGCUACAACAGAGACCCGGCACGCAGCUUGUGCCUGACGGAGGCGUGCGUGAAGGUGGCCAGUAAGAUCGUGGACGCCCUGGACCGCGAGACGGACCCCUGCCAGGAUUUCUACCAGUACGCCUGCGGGGGCUGGAACCGCAAGAACCCCCUGCCCGACGGCCGGUCACGCUGGAACACCUUCAACAGCAUCUGGGACCAGAACCAGGCCGUCCUCAAGCACCUACUGGAGAACGGCACGUUCAACUCCAGUAGUGAUGCGGAGCGUAAGGCCCAGAACUACUACCUGUCAUGUCUGAACGAGCAGCGCAUUGAGGACCUGGGGGCCCAGCCUCUUACUGAACUCAUAGCCAAGACGGGCGGCUGGAACAUCACUGGGCCGUGGGACAAGGACAACUUCAUGGAGGUUCUGAAGAUCGUGUCUGGACCUUACCGGGCCCAGCCAUUCUUCACCAUUGGCGUUAGCGUGGACCCCAAGAACUCCAACAGCAACGUUAUUCAGGUGGACCAAUCGGGACUCUUUUUGCCAUCACGUGACUAUUAUCUCAACAAGACGGCCAAUGAGAAGGUUCUGAAGGCGUACCUGGACUACAUGGUGGAGCUGGGCACCCUCCUGGGGGGCCAGAAGAACGCCACGCAGGCCCAGAUGCAGCAGAUCCUGGACUUCGAGACGGCCCUGGCCAACAUCACCGUGCCGCAGGACGAACGCCGCGACGAGGAGAAGAUCUACCACAAGAUCACCAUCGCAGAGCUCCAGCUGCUGGCCCCGGCGGUGGAUUGGCUGGAUUACCUGACGUCGGCGCUGGCCCCCCUGGAGCUGAACGACACAGAGCCGGUGGUGGUGUACGCCAAGGAGUACCUGCAACAGGUGUCAGACCUCAUCAACAAGACCGACCGCAGUCUCCUGAAUAACUACAUGAUGUGGAACCUGGUGCAGAAGGGGGCCACUAGUCUGGACCAGCGCUUCGAGAACGCUCAGGACAAGCUGCUGGAGAGUCUGUACGGCACCAAGAAGUCAUGUACACCUCGGUGGCAGACUUGCAUCGGCAACACGGACGACACACUGGGCUUUGCCCUCGGCGCUCUCUUCGUCAAAGCCACCUUCGACAAGCAGAGCAAGGAGAUUGCGGAGGAGAUGAUCAAUGAGAUCCGCUCUGCCUUUAAGGACUCCCUUGACAACCUCCAUUGGAUGGGGGAGCAGACGCGACAAGCUGCCAAAGACAAGGCUGAUGCCAUCUACGAUAUGAUUGGAUUUCCCGACUUCAUCCUGGACUCUAAGGAGUUGGAUGAUGUCUACGAUGGGUACGACGUAUCGGAGGACAACUUCUUCCAGAACAUGCUGAACUUCUACAACUUUUCCGCUCGGGUGAUGGCCGACCAGCUACGGAAGCCCCCCAAUAAAGACCAGUGGAGUAUGACACCGCCCACUGUAAAUGCUUACUACAUGCCCACCAAGAACGGCAUCGUCUUCCCCGCAGGGAUACUACAGGCCCCCUUCUACGCUCAUGACCAUCCCAAAGCUUUGAACUUUGGAGGCAUAGGAGUUGUAAUGGGCCAUGAACUCACCCAUGCAUUUGAUGACCAAGGGAGGGAAUAUGACAAAGACGGGAACCUUCGUCCGUGGUGGCAGAACUCCUCGGUGGAGGCCUUUAAGAACCGGACCGAGUGCAUGGUGGAGCAGUAUUCCCAGUACACCAUCAACGGGGAGCACAUCAACGGCAAGCAGACGCUGGGGGAGAACAUCGCAGACAACGGAGGACUCAAGGCCGCAUAUCACGCGUACAGGUCGUGGGUCCAGAAGCACGGCGAGGAGAAGAGAUUGCCUGCUGUAAACCUCACCAAUGACCAGCUGUUCUUCGUGGGCUUUGCACAGGUGUGGUGUUCAGUGCGGACCCCGGAGAGUGCUCACGAGGGCCUGAUGACCGACUCCCACAGCCCACCCAAGUACCGCGUCUUCGGCACCCUCUCCAACUCUCCGGAGUUCGCCGAGCACUUCCAGUGCCCCCGCGGCUCCCCCAUGAACUCCGGCCACCGCUGCGAGGUCUGGUAGCGGCCCCCAUAGGGUGCACCUAAGGCCACCGUCCAGCAGAGGGAGCAGGAGUUUAUUGGUCAGCCCCAGCAAGACACACAGCUGGAAGCGAUGAGUUAGGAAGACGACUGAAGGAGAAAUGGGGCAGAUUUUCAAGCACUGGACUAUUUUUUUAUUAUUAUUAUUUCUGUCGUUGUUGUAGUUGCUGUUGUUGUUGUUGUUGUUGUUGUUUUGUCCCUUUCGACGAUGACUAUGAUGCUGGACUCUUAGCAGUGGUGUGUGGUCAAGAAGAGUGAUGAAACAAACAAGAUGACUCUAGAGAAAGAAAAGGAGGAAAGGAGGAAGGGAGGAAAGAAGAAAGAGAAAACACACAAAUGAACGAUGCCUGUAUUUUCCAGUGUUUGACGGUCACCAUGGCUCUUUCUCUCCUUCCUCUGUCUCUCUUCUCUUUCACUCACUCUCUCCCCCUUUAGCAAAAGGCCUCACUUUGGCCAGUAGGCUUCUUUUAUUAUUUAUUGUUUGCUGGACUGACGAGCGGAGAAAGACGGAAGGCGAGAGCUCUCCAAGAAGUGGAUCUCUCGAGCCCUUACCCUGACCUCUCUGUGCAUCUGUGCUUGUUGUUUUUUUGCUAUGUGCCCUGUUUACAACAUCAUCUUCUGGUGGACUUUGCAAAAAAAGAAAUUCAGACGACUGUGAGGUCGUAGGUUGAAGGUCGAAGGUUCAUGGAUGGAGCUACCGUGCUGCUGUGACGAUCCUAGAAGAAGUUUGUGUUGUCACGACAACGAAGCGCUCCUUGUUGACCUUGUAACUUAUUUUGACGAUCUCCCAGGAUGUGUUGUCUUGUUGUCUUGUCACCCUACAGGAAAAACAACCCUGUUGCUCAUCACCUGUUGCAACCUCAAAAGAGCAAGCCAUGUCCUUCUUACAUGUACGCUAUGUAGUAGGUGGCCAAUAUGAAUUACAGGGAUGCCCACCACUAGCUUACCUACCUUCACUGCUGUGUGCGCGUGUGCGUGUGUGUACGUGUGUGUGUGUGCGUGUGCGUGUGCGUGUGUGCGUUGACUUGCGCAGAUGCGUUCAGACAUUUGCGUAUCUUAUUGUUGUUGACAAGGUUGAAAUGAGAUUCAUUUCAAACUGCUUCUUGCCAAAGAAUGUCUCAUUUUUUGUCUUUGUUGCCAGUAGUCCAUUGGUGUGUUCUGCUGUCCAGUGUUCAAUGUUUUUAAUCUGUUUAGCUUAUUAUCCGUCAGUGGUCUCUCCGUUAUGGCCUUUUUAUUGUCUUUUUUUUUCUUAGACUGGGAUUCAGAGGAGUCCUUCUAGUAUGACGCUAGUGAUCUAGUGACCUCGUGAAGACUUUUAAAUUCCCGACCGUAUUUAUCUAAAUACACAAAUGAACGCCUGACUAUCACUUUAAGCAUUCACUUGCAUUCAUUUCUAGGUCUGUAGUGAUGCAUGUUAAGUCAGUGAGAGGCUUACGAGCUGUCAUAACGUCUGUGUUAACUUCCAACUUAUUUGGCCACCACACAAACGUAGUAGUAGUAGUACUAGUACUGGGGUGCAUUUCUCAAAAGAGAAGUUGUUAGCCUGUUAGCAACUUCGGUAGUUGCCAAUGGUGAAAUGCAUUGAAAACAACAAAUUAGCUAAUGUAGUAAGCAACUUUGGUUUUGAGAAAUACACCCCAGAUGCAUUGACAACUUGUCAUUCUUGAACCCAGUCCACUGUGUGUACUGUAGUAUAUGUGUGAGUGUGAAUGUGCACAGACAUCUUUGAACAAGAAUGUAACGGCUUGGCAGUCCCACACCAUUUGAGUCUGCAUCGACAAGAUUUUAACGGUCAGGCCUGCUCAAGUCAUGUCAAAAGAUAUGUUCCAGAUGCCACUAAACUAAAGGAGCAUGACAAAUUAAAAGUUUUGCUUUUUUAA